ACACCCUACUCUUUUUUUUGCGCUAGACAAAACCCUUCCCUUCCUGCACCGACCUAAACCCCUUUCCCAAGACCAAAGGCGAGGUCUUGAAUCCUCCUCGAGGACAUGUGGCACCGGGCCUUCGUCGUCGGCGGCGGCGGCGCCGCCCUCCCUUGGCGCUCCCUCGCCCGGCGAUCCCUCUCCUCCGGCACCUCCGCCGCCGUGGACUCCAUCAUCCUCCGCUCCCUCAAGGAACACUACCUCGAAGUCUCCAAGAUGACCCCUCCUCCGAAAGUGAAUCCGCCAUUGCCGUACACAAUCGUGAAGGGGGCGCUGGACAUGGACGGGCCGGUCCUUCGGAGAUCCUACAAUGACGAGGAGAUCACCAUCUCCGUGAUGCGCCUCGCCAACAUCAUGCCCGCAGGCGCCGAGGGUGACGACGGCGAUGACUCGAUCAACCAGCUGUUCCUCCACGUCGACGUGUCGAAGCCCGGGAGGGAGGAGUCCCUCCACUUCCUCUGUGGGCUCUACCCGGAUGCGGUCGGUAUACACUCUGUCUGCCUCCGGCCGAAGCUCGCAGCGUCCUCUGGCUCGUCCUCCAUGUCCAAGUACCAGGGUCGUGUUUUCCAGGAGCUGGAACAGAAGAUGAGAGAUGCAUUCCAUAUCUACAUAGAGGCACGUGGUGUGAAUGAGAGCCUUUUUCCAUUUCUCCAAGCAUGGCUUUAUGUGAAGGAUCACCGAAACCUCAUGCGUUGGUUUAAGAGCGUCGGCACGUUCAUCAAUGAGCACAAACCAGCUUGAGCUUCAACUAUUCUAUGUUCAAAUCUUUGGGAACCAGUGGUCGCUUGCUCUCACCAUGAGCGUAUACUUGUGCAUUCCCAUAAAGUCAUCUCCUGGUCAAGGACUUUCAAUCCAAGUUUUGAACAUUCAAGCAAGUUAAAUGGAAUCGCUAAAUUAUGUCUUCUACUGGAAGAAGAUGAUGUUGGAAAAGCUUACAUGCAGCAUGUUCCACAAACGAAAAUGUAAGAGAACUGUUUCUCAUCUUUCAAUUGUUUACUGCCGGGAGCUGAUGGAUACUAAGGAAUUUGGAUUAGAUGUAUUUGAGAGAUUAUGAACAAUUAUAGGUUACGAACAAAGGUUUGUACCUCUAGUAGAAUAACAGUUUCAUUAUUUAUUUUUUUGAAAUUUGUUUUCAUCAUCGUCAAAAAAUGAAAAAUCUGAACAUGCUCUUGGUCUAGA